UUAAUUUGCAUUGCAAAUAUUGCAUGCAUUUCUGCAUGAGAAAGAGUUUAUCUUAUAUGAGUAUGUUUUAUAACAGAACGACACAAAGAGCAGGAGUUUUAAAGUGCCAGUAAACAAGAAAAUGUAUAGAAGGACUUGUACAAUUGUUUAACACAUUCUGAUCAGUCUUAGCUGUUUAAUCCACAGUGCCGCAUGUAUAAGAGAAAAACAGAAAAUAACAAUUUCAAUUGUUGGGUUUGAUCUAGCUGGGCAUCAUAACCACGAUCCCAAGACACUAGGCAAAGAAGCAACUCCGAGACUAUUGAGUUGGUUUACUUAGUCCAAAAUGUAUGGUAGCAAAAGUCCACCUGGAUAUUUGAAUGACGAAAAGAAAAGAUGGCUGAUUGUAGGGAUCUGUCUUCACUCCGUUAUUUCUCCACUUCUAAGAAACUUUGUUAAUCCUAUAAUUAGUAAAUUGUAUGACUCACUGGUAUCAAGCGACUCUGUCGAUACACAGGGGUAUAAUGGAUAUAUGAAAAAAUACCCAGCAACAAACGAACAUUUUCUUAUUUACAAAUCAAUCAACAACAACAUGAAUGUAGCGAAAAAAAUGAUCAGACACAAAUGGGUUAAUGAUUACCAGAAAUAUGAUUAUAAAGUAACAAGCCAUGUGGAUCUGUCAAAGUUGUUCCUACAGCCUCAUAUGGUUCAUUACUCUGGAAUUGAUGAGUCAUGUGACACAUCUGCUCUGCUUGGAAUGGUCAUCAACAUCAGUACAUUUUCAACAACUGUACGGACUGAUGCUAAAAAGAUGCGAGUAGACAUACGUAAUCCCUGGGCACAUUGUGACUUUAGAGAAUGGACUAGAAGAAAAUAUACAGAUUCAUUCAAGUUAAUGAGCCAACUUGUUAAGGACCUUGAUUUGAGUAACGAAGAAGAAAAGAGAAUAUUGAGUCAACUAAACACAUGGGAAACAAAUGGUUUGAUAUUUCUGAGUGGAACACCGCUUGGCUUAGAGGAAGUGUGUGAAAUACGCAGACAGACACGUGUUCUCAGUGAAUAUGUACAGAAUUGUUCGACUGAAAAUUACAAUCAGAACAUCAAAGUGCAGACAGAAUUAAAAUAUUUAGAAAACGAUUUACAGGAAACAUGGGAAAGGAUAAGAAAUUUAGAAAGUAAAACUGAGGAACAAGAUGAAAAAAUAAAAAAACUAACGGAAGAAGUAAUGAAAAAACAAGUUGAAGAUCUAAAUCCAACACAUAUUCGAGACUUACAAGCCAGUGCAGAAGAUAAAGAAAUUCGAAUAGUACUUCUUGGACGAACAGGAGCUGGGAAAAGUGCAACAGGAAAUAGUCUUUUAGGUCGGAAUUAUUUUCUAUCCAAAAAUUCCGGUACUUCAGUGACUGGAAAUUGUAAACGCGGAGAAUCUGAACGGAAAGGGAAAAACGUAGUUAUAGUUGAUACCCCGGGUUUAUUCGAUACGAAAACGACGAAUGAAGCUGUUACUAAGGAGAUAGUCAAAUGUAUCGUUAUGACGUCACCCGGACCUCAUGCAAUGGUCCUUGUCGUAAGUGUCGGUCGAUUUACGCAGGAAGAAGAAGAUACAGUCAAACACUUUAUUAAUCAUUUUGGUGAAGGUGUGUUUCGCCAUAUGAUUGUUCUUUUCACUAAGAAGGAUGAACUUAUCAGACAUAAUCAAUCGAUUGAUCAAUACGUUGAAACUGUUCCGAAUGAACUAAAAACUAUACUGAGUCAGUGCAGAAAUAGAUUCAUUGCGUUUUACAAUGAUCCUUUUGGACAUUCGAAAACGGAGCAAGUUGAUGACUUUUUUGAAAUGAUAGAGGCGAUGUGCAGUGAAAAUGGGGGAUACUGUUAUACAAAUGAACUAUACAAAGAAGCAGAAUCUGGCCUAAAGAGAAGGAUGCUUAUUGAAAAGGAAGCAUUAGAAAAGCAAAAGGAAGAAGAAAAACAAACGAUAAGAAAUGAAGUACAAGAUAAAUACAAGAAAAAACUUGAACAGGAAAAGAAAGAGAAAACUAGAUUGGAAGAAGCCUUAAACUCCAAUAAAAAAGAAUCAGAGAAAAACAAAGUAAAUCUACAGAAACAACUUCAAGAAGCAAGUGAAAAACUGAACCGGGAGCUGGAGAAAAAAGAGAAAGAAUUGCAAGAUCAAAUAAAGAAAACUGAAGAUGAAUUCCAACAAAAAAUGACAGAAAAUGCGUUAAGAAAAAACCAAAGAAAUAAUGUUGAAAACGAAAAAGACGGAUUAUUGUCUGAUAUAAUGGGAGGAUUAAUUUCACUUGUCAAAUUAGUGUUUCGUAAAUAGAUUGAUUUUAAACUGAAGAAAACUUUAAUUCAAGAUUAAAGAGAGGAUUACGUAUUUACGGAUUUGGAGUGCUUGUUUUGUUAUCUUUUAAUUUGUUUAAACAAAAAAUACAAACAAUGUCUAAACGUU